AUGCCUCAUCGUGUGAUAAACGACGUUCGACCCCAUCAAACUUGGGGUUCUCAUCGGGCCGGAUUGGCGGACGCGCUCGAAGGACUGAUUCUAUGGCUGCCUCAACUGAAUGACCUGCCAAGACACGAUGAGAUUGGUGAGGGGUGCUACGGCCAUCCCGUAGUGGUCCUCUCCCCACGAGCAUUGCCCUCAGACGAUGUCGUUGUCCUCAUUGAUGGCUUCCAGUUGCGGAAGAAGUCAUACGUCAACACGCGAGAACAACACACCCUGCCGUUGAGUUGUCUGCGACCUUACGACCGCAAGGGGAGCACGGCCCGGUACGUCUUGACCCGCGACUCCUACCGGAAUCUGGCCCGCCACGCCGGGUUUGUAUUCAAUGCGACAGAGUCGUUGUAUGAUUAUCAGACGGUCGGGGCCCACGACUACGACAUUUACAACUACGACGCCCACAAAUCUGGUUCCAACAAUUACUAUACCAGCGACUACAGCACCCACAACCACGAUACGGCCCCAGUCAUCCACCGGUUCCCCAAUUCCAACCCACCAACCCCGUCUCCUCCGCGAUCUGUCACCCACGACGCCACUCACGACAGAUUGUCCUACGAGAGCCACGGCUCCUACACAGCUUCACCAGCCAACCGACCCCGUCCACACCAUAUACAUCUCCCGUCUGUUUCUCUGUGUUAUAUCUACGACGACGCCACCCACACUUACAAGGUCUACGACUACGAUAACGACGAAUUAGAAGGCCGAGCCCUCCGUUGCGCUGCCAUACCCCUGUCCAAGACCGGCGUCGACAACGCCCAGGAUCACCACCACCACGACCCCCCGCCCUCUACACUGGCGCAUCAGCCGGCCGAUCCCCUCCCCCCGGCACACCACGCCCGCCCGCCGACAUACCAUACCCGCACGGGCAGCGGCAGCGGCGCCGGCGGCAGCGACAAUAGGGGGUCGGAGCCCGGCGAAUGGGAAGGGUGGUUCAUACAGCUGGCGCUGUACGUCGCGGUACUUUGUUUCGUGGGCUGGCUGGUGCGGUCGACAUGGCCGUACAGCGACCAAGCGCUGGAGAUUGUACUCGAGCUGUUGUGGACUGCGCUCUCGAUGCUGUGGAUCGUGCCCGAGCUCCUGAUGGUCGCUGCCAAAGGCGGAUGGUCGGUGGUGUGGAUGACACUCGGGCUCCUGGCGGAGGCUGUCAAGACUGGAUGCGUGGUAGUGUGGAUCUUGCUCUGGUUGCACAUGGAAGUUGCGAAGUUUGGGUUGUUGGGUGUCCUCUGGCUGCUGGCGGAGGCUGCCAGAGGCGGACUGUUAGUGGUGUGGAUCAUGCUCUGGCUGCACAUGGAGGUUACCAAAUUUGGGUUGUCAGGGGCAUGGAUUGUCGUCUGGCUGCUGGCACGGGCUGCUGAAAUUGGGUUGUCGGUGGUUGUCGGUGGUUUGGGGUGGGUUGGUUGGUGUUUGGGAUAUGGCGGCUCUAAUUAUUUGGUUGGCGGUCGGUGA